AUGAGUUCGAAUGCGCAAAGCGCGAAGCUCUCGGAGACGAUUGCGUCUGCGGUCGGUGUUCUCUUAGAACCAGGCCACACAGCAGACCCACCACUGCGUCGUGCAAACGGCCAUGUCAUUGUACUGUCCCCUGGCCUUCCUGAUUCCAUCGACUCGAUCCCGGACCUGUCGCCCUUGACGGUUCAUUUCGUUUCUACGGCUGUGGUUCCUUGCGACUUCCACCGGUUGCGGCCAUUAAUCGAUGGAUGGUGUAUGCAAAUUCCUGCAUUCGGUUCCGGAUCCCAGGCGGACCAAUCCUCUGGGCAUGAGGCUCUCAAGGCUCUCAUCGCAUUUGCAAGGUGCAAUACAGAUCCUGGCCGGAUUACGGACGUUGAUAUCGAGAUCAUACCAUCCGAUAACUGUGUGCUCAUGUCAACAAUUGGGCUGUAUAGCUGUCCCGCUCUCUACGCUGGUCAGACAAUGACCUUGCUUGUUCAAGCCUCUGUACAACAGGGUCCAGACAAGACAUUCCAGUCGGGACCCUCAGUAGAUUGCAUAACGACUGCCGACGAAGCGUUUGCGGACCUGGAGAUGCUCCUCGGCGAGACGACAACAGAUCUCUUCACAGUGAAAGUCCGAUACAACCACUCGUACUUCCCGGAAAAUACCGGACUUGUUGCUGUAGACACCUGCCGUGUCAGGAGGCCCCACGCCUUAUCUGCCUGGAAGUCACUUCCAUGCGCCAAGGACGCUGAACAGGCUCAGAUACGAACGCAAGAGGUACACGGGAGACUUGUCUCAGUCAUCGCUUCGGAUGAAUCGCCCAGUGCUGCCCUCAUAGCGCUCGAGGGACUCUCUGACCGUAUCGGUGGGACAGUCGCCUGUCCAGAUUUCGUGGACCUUGUGAGAAUAGAACUGAAGCACCGCUGUCGGGCGCUUGGCCGCCCAGUUCCAAACCACGAGAGCGAAAUUUCAAGCACACUCCGUGCGCCGUCUCCAGAUCUCGGCCGCUUUUCCUUCGAGAACCGCGGCACACUGUACCUCGAUCUGCCUUAUCGUCAUUCUCCGAAAAGAGAAGCUACAGACUCUCCCGCAACUGUCAUACAUACAAGGCUGACCGAAGACCCGGCCGAGGAGGAGCCUGACGACCGAGCCCGCAACAUUUGGCGCCAUAUGCGCAAGAGCUCGAAGUCACACCACAAGCUGGCAAGGAGUUCCACGCGCAGUUACGAGAAGCUGGAGGCGGUGGACGCGCAUCUGGUGGAGCUGAGGAAGCGAGCUGUGCAGAACAAGCGCAGCGUUGGAGCGGACACGUUGAGGAGUCUGGCUAUCGGUGCUCAUGCCGGCAUCGAUAGCGGCGUUGACGCGCCUUGGUAUUGA